GGACACAUAAAUGUGGAAGCUGCUCAUAACUCUGAACCAGUGUUUUCUAACCAAUGUGAUUACAAAAUCGUGUGCUGGUAAAAGCCAUUAAAGUGCAGGACGGGCCAGUCGACUUAGAAGGAAUUGGGGCAGAAAAGCCCAUUGACCAGAGCACAGACUCCGCAUUGCAGACAGCCUGUACGGAAGUGCUGCUUGUUACAUUUGGCAGCAGAGAAUUCUAAUUGUAUAUCAGCAUGGGGUCAGACUUUCUUCAUAAACUUCAGCCACGGCUCUGCAGUGCACUGAACUCAGAUGCAGGCAUGAGAACCCUGCUGUCUGAGGUGCAGAGAUGUUAGGGGUUUUCACAGCAGCACAAACUAUUGCCACGCUGCUGCUUAUUUUGGAAAAUGGUUUCUUCUUUAAAACUGUUAAGAUGUAAUGACUUUAUCAUUGUAAAAUGAACUAAAUUGUUUCUUUUUGUGACGGAGUCUUGCUCUGCCACCCAGGCUGGAGUGCAGUGGUGUGUGACCUCAGCUCACUUCAACCUCUGCCUCCUGAGUUCAAGCGAUUCUUCUGCCUCAGCCUCCCUAGGUAGCUGGGACUACAGGUGUCUGCCACCAUGCCCGGCUACUUUUUGUAUUUUAGUAGAGACGGGGUUUCACCAUGGCCAGGCCAGUCUCGAACUCCUGACCUCAAGUGAUCCACCUACCUCUGCCUCCCAAAGUGCUGGAAUUACAGGCAUGAGCCACCACUCCUGGCCUCAUGAGAAGGCUUUUUGUGAUCUUCAAUAAAGUGCAAAGGGUUCCUGAGACCCAAAAGUUUGAAAACCACUGGCUUAAACCAACAAAAUUGUCCACGAUUCUUCAGUGUGUCUUCUGUUGAUGGAGAAAGGACGUAACGGUUGCUUUACUUUUUUCCUUUCACAACUCAAUGGUGCUGGGACAACUGGGGUAUCCACAUGGAAAAGGAUGGCCUGGGACCCUUCCUCACCCUACACAUAAAGCUCAAAAUGGAUCCAACGUAAGGAGCCAAUUGUGAGGGAUCCGGGCCUACUUUUAAGAUCUUGUGGGACCUAAAUUGCCAAGAUAAAGGCCUUGUAUCUAAAUACAGUGAUAUUUUGAGUUUCUGGGGUUGUGACUUUAACAUGGGAAUCUGGGGCAUGAGGGGCAAUUCAGCCUAUGACAACUUUAGGGGGCGAAUCCUGGUGAAACUGUUACGUUGGAUUAGGCAAUGUUUCCUUAGAUGAGACAUCUAAAGCAUAACAAGCAACUGAUGGGAAAAAGACGGUAUCAAAAUUAAAAAUGUUCAUUUCAGAGGAUACUAUUAAAGUAAAAAGACAACCCACAGAACAGGAUACAUUAUCCCAAUAAGGGCCUGAUAUCAAGAAUAUAUUUAAAAACUCUUAAAAUCCAAUUUAAAAAUGGACAAAGGAUUUGAAUACAUUCUCCAAAGAAAUAAAUGCCUUAAAAAGCACAUGAGAUGUUUAACAGAAUUCAUCAUCUUAGAAAUGGAAAUCAAAACCACCGUGAGAUACCACUUCACAACCACCAAGAUGAAUAAAACCCCAGUAUUGGACAGUGACAUGGUGAAUUUGGGAAAACUGAAAUCUUUAGUGGGAGGGGAAGUAAAAUGGUACAGUUGCUUUGGAAAAGUCUGGCAGUUCCUCAGAAAAGUUAAGCAUAAAAUCACUGCACGACCCAGCAAUUUCACUCCUAGGCUUAUGCCCAAGAAAAUUGAAAACACUUUUACAAAAAAAAUCUUAUGCAAGAAUCUUCAUAGCAGCACUAUUCGUAAUAGUAGAAACAACCCAGGUGUCAACAGAUGAAUGGAUGAAGAAAAUAUGUACACAAUGGAAUAUCACUCAGCCGUAAAAAGGAACAAAAGAACAUGUGCUCCAACCCGAACGAGCCUUGGACGUGAAAGAUGCCGGUGCCAAAGGUUGUGCACUGUGAGAUUCCACUCACCUUGGACGUGAAAGAUGCCAGCACCAAAGAUCAUGCCAAAGGUCACACACUGUGUAUGAUUCUCCUCACAACAGGUGUCUAGAAUGGGCAAAUCCAGAGAAACGGAAGACAGCUGACGAUUGCCAGGGGCUAGAGGAAGGAAGGAGCAGGUGCUGACUCUUAAUGGGUUCAAGAUUUCUUUGGCCGGUGGUGAAAAAGUCCCGGAACUACAUACUAGUGGUUGGUUGUUGUGCAGCUUUGAGAAUACACUAAAAACACUGAAUUGUAUCCUUUAAUAUUGGGGCUUUUAUGGUUUGUAAAUUGCAUUUCAAUUUAAAAAGGAACUCAAGAACUUCUUUGGUGUUGAUAUUUAGAAUGUGAAAGAGACAGUAUCCAAAACAUGUUACUACGUAACUCACGUCCCCAGAGAGUUAAACUUCAUUAAAGGGUGUGUUUGAGCCUAGGAGACACAACGAUCCUAUACUAGACGUUACAGCUCAUCUCACUGAUUUCUAUCUCACAUAACAAGCAUAUUCAGGGAAAACGGUCUUGUAAACAUGAGCUGAAUGCUAUGCAGAGGCACAUUCCUCUUACCGGGAUGGUCUUUAGUGGUGCAGUAAGAGAUGCGGUCAUAGCAACGUUAGUUUAAUUUCCAUGGCAACAGGAAUUUGGCACAUUGAUGAGUUAGAUGUCCCUGCACAGCUCCUAACAGGGUUGCCCAUUUCUGUGGUGUCUGUGUACAUUCUUGCUGUGGAAAUAAGUGAUAGCACCUGCACAGACACUUGCUCGGAAACGCGCACGAAGCUGGUGAAAGCAGAGGACAGGCGAGAGGGAAGCAUGGCUCAGUCCUGGCAAAGGAGACGGUUAUUCCGAAUGCGGAAGAUUCAGGAACACGAUCCUUGGGAAGACUGGUGAUGUCCGUGGAUCUCACCGCUGUCGGGUUGUAUCUGCAGCCAGUUACCGGAGCUGUCAGAACCGCAUGUGUUGCUAUCGGUGUCAUCACUCAACGCUUCUGACUUUUCCUGUUGCUGAGGAUGAUUGCAUGUGGCGGAAGCAAAGUGCUGACUUAGCACAGAUCAUCAGAUCCCAGUUCUUUUCUAUCAAGGGGGGCAGGGUUAGAACCCCGCCCCCCCCUACUCCCCCAUCCCAUUGUUGAAAAUAAUAGUUGGCUUGGGAGGGUUUUUACUCCUAAGGUUGAAACCGUGCAUUUCUAGAGCCUGGGCUGUCAGCUGUGUGUGGCUGGGGAAUGCUGGGUCUGUGGUCGUCUGGCCGCUGGCAGCCCUGCUGGUGGGUCCUGCCUCUGACAUCGUUCAUUUCUGAAGCUUGCUUUCCCUGGUGUUGGAAGUAGCAGCACUGGAGGAACAGCCUCCUUCCUACAGCGAAGCUCUGCCAAGAGAGAAGACACGGAGCGUCUGUUGAGGGAUGUGACGUUCGGGUCACCGCACCAUGCGUUCUGCUUCUCAGUAGUGCCUCCUGGUUGAUGUUACCAUCACCUGGCAUUACCCAGGAGGUAACUCGCAGAUGCCACACUGAUGGAAAGCUACGGCAGCGUGGUUCGAGUCCAGGGCCAGCUGGAGCAUAUCAGCAAGACCUGCGACCGCAUCAACAGUUUGCCAGCGGAACCAAGUGGCGCGUGUUCAUCAAGACCAUGGGCGGCUACUGUGGCUACCUGGCCAACAUGGGGGGGCUCACGGCCGGAGCCGAUGCUGCAUACAGUUUCGAAGAGCCCUUCGACAUUGGGGAUCUGCAGUCCAAUGUGGAGCACCUGAUGGAGAAAAUAAAGACCACCAUCCAGAGGAGCCUUGUGCUCAGGGUGGGGCACCUUCUCCAUUUGAUAGAAACUUUGGAACCAAAAUCUCUGCCAGAGCUACGGAGUGGAUCACUGCGAAACUCAGGGAGGCCCAGGGCAGAGGUAAGGGGUCCGGGGAGGGAGGCCGUCUGCCUUGGUGAAAAUGCUGUCCUAUCGGGGAGAAGUAGGCUGCUGGUUCCUUGUUCAGUUCAGUACUGAGCUGCGAGUGAUGUUCUAACUCCUGCUGGUUUCUGAGCAUUGCUAUUUAACCAACCUUGGAUUCCUGGGUGUGCGUGACAUGUUCUCUUUUAUCACUGCUAGAUUCAACCUGAAGUUCUUUUGUGUAGGCUUUUUGCUCUGGAGAUCCUGAGCGUCAGCCCGCAGUUUCCCUCACAGUUGAAGUGGGGCCUUCUAUUUUGGGGAUGUUUGGUAGGACAACCUCCUUAUGACUCCAUCCAUCAGAACUUCCAGUUUUGAGGAAGAUUUGGCUGCUGAAUGAAUUCUUCGUGUUUGUAGAACUAUGCAUGUUUUUCCUUAAAUCAGUUUUGUAAGUUACAUAUUCUAACAAAUCUUUAGAUAAGCUGAAAAGUUUUGGAAAACAUGACACAUUACUCUUGUUAAUGGUUCCAACAUGGCUGGUCCCUACUCAUUCCUGAGUGGUUAUUUGUGCCAGCAUCUUUCUCACCCCCACCCCCCUCAGCUUUCUUCAGUCAUACCAGAUGUGUGCUUUUAUUAGGGCAAUCCAUUAUCACUGCCAAUGUCCGACUUAGAAGAAUGACAGUCUACAAAAAACAGUGAUGUGAAUAGUUUCAAUCGGUUUGUCUUUUUGAAGAACUGACUGAUUCUUUCUACAUCCAUUUUCUCUUGCUAAUUUAGCUACGGAUGCUUCUCGUGCCUCAGUGUGUGUAUACGUGAGCAUCAAUUUCUUAUUAGUGUUUUGCCAUAAUUUAAAGUAAUUUCCCUAUUCCACUAUUUAGUGAAAAAUUCUCUCCACUGAGAGAAAAAACAAAAGCUGCUUUCCAGGAAGCCAUCAGGGUGAUCCCACAAGAGCAGAGCUGUGCAAGCCCAGGCCAGGCGCUGGCCACACUACACAGCUGUUCUCAGCCUCCCCCAGGCCUCCAGGCCAGGUUCAGCAUGGUUCCCAGGAAUCUCACCCCGUGAUUCUGCUCCCCCACCUGCCCAUGGGACAGGGCAGUGUUAAUCUGUUUUUAAACCUUUUAUAGGAAAAACAUUGACCACCGAUGAUUCCGUUUGUGUGCUGGGAAUCAGCAAAAGAAACGUUAUUUUUCAACCUGUGGCAGAGCUGAAGAACCAAAUGGAUUUUGAAUAAGUCGGGGUCUUAUUGCCUUAGCAAACCCAGCCAAUGCACAGGAUUCCCAAAGAACGGUGGUGGCUCAAGCUGCGGUUCCUCAUGAAGAUCCUGGCCAAAUACAAGGCCAGCUACAACAUAUCAGACUCAGGCCGGCUAGAGCACGUGCAGCCCUGGAGCCUCUGACCCAGUCCCACCUGCACGUGCCUGCAACCUGGACUCACCGUGGACCAUCCAUUUUUGUAACACUUAAGUUAUUGAUCAGCACUUUAUGCAGGUAUUAUUGACAUUAAAACCUAAUCAGUGAGCACCUGUCACCGCCUGUGUGCCCCACCAACUCCAGUGCGUGCUGUCUGUGGACUGUGUCUCAUGCUUUCAGAUGUGCGUAUUAAACAUUUGCCUACAACUCCAAGUAGGGUGGCUACUAAA